CUCCCGUCCUCUCGGUGUUGUGGUGGGAGUGGCUGACAGCGGCGCCUCCCUCGCCCCGGCGACACAGGGCCCGGCCUCAGUCCCUGGGUCUCGCUACAACCGCUGACACCACCACCACCCGGCGCCAACCACCCUCAUCUCAACAACAAGAGCAAGGAUGUCAAACGAGGCUAAUAUGAAGGACGCGGCGAAGGAGUCGCUGAAGAAGGCGACGGAUCCCCUGGAGAAGCUCCGUAGCCACUGCCUCUCCCAGGGCUACUCUGGCAUCCUCUCCCUCGGCAAGUUGUUCAGGCGGCUGGACAAGGACAGCUCCUGGACACUGUCGAAGGAGGAGCUGAGCCGCGGGGUGAGCCAGUUCGGUCUGGACUUCUCCGACGCCGACGUCAACAAGCUGUUCUCCGACUUCGAGAAGGAUGGACAGUCUGGCAUCAACUACGAGGAGUUCCUGGAGGCCCUGAGGCCGAGCAUGACCGAGCCGAGGAAGGCUGCAGUGGAGGCGGCAUUCAAGCACCUGGACAAGACUGGUGACGGCGUGGUGACCGUCGAGGACCUUAAGGGCGUCUACUCGGCUAAGAAACACCCUAAGGUCGUGAAGGGCGAGGCUACGGAGGAAGAGCUCCUGAAGAAGUUCCUCAACAUGUUCGAGAGUAGCACUUCAGUAGAUGGCAAGGUGACGAAGCAGGAGUUCCUAGACUACUACUCCGGACUCAGUAAGGCUAUAGACAAGGACGAGUAUUUUGUCUCCGUCGUCAACAUGAGCUGGGGACUCUAAAGGGAUUCACUUACUCCCCUGGUGGUGGCGCUGCAAGACUUCCAGGUGGUGUCAUAGUGGGAUUGCCUUGCUGAUACUGUAGGGUUCUAGGGAUUGCUGUAGGACUUAUUUUUAUGCAGUAGGAUUACGUUGGUUUCGUAGUGAUGUGUUUUGUGAUUAGUCUGAAUGCUUUCAAUAAACACUGUUCGACGA